AUGUAUUCUAGAUAUAUGCUGGAAAAGAUAAACGAAGGAGAGAGAAAGUGCCUGGAAGAACAGAUGAUAUGCGCAGUAACGGGUCAGCAGACACCAAUAAAAUAUUAUGCGCUGCAAAAAAUAGGGAUAGGCACCUUUGGCCUGGUUUACAGAAUAGUAGUUGACGGUUCUUUAUGCUAUGCCUUGAAGUGUGUAUUUGAGAAGAAAACGCACAUGAACAGAGAACUAGAGAUGCACCAAUCCUUAUCCCAUCCAAACAUAGUACGGCUUAUCUGGUACUUCUAUGGGGAAAGAAAUGAAAAUGGUGUCUUUCUGAAUUUAGUAAUGGAGUAUGUAAGAAGUGACCUUUUUUCGAAAAUACAGGAGCGGUAUGUUUUUAGCAAAGACGAGUUUAUAAACUAUUCGAUAAUGCUUCUGGAUGCUCUUUCCUAUAUGCACGCGUGUGGCAUAGCACACAGAGACAUAAAACCAUCAAAUAUAUUAAUAGACACAGAGAAGGCACUAUUGAAAGUGUGCGACCUUGGGAGUGCCAAAAAUAUAAUUAACUGUCCAAAUAACAUUCUCUAUAUAUGUUCUCGGUAUUAUAGAGCACCCGAAAUUCAUUUGAAACAGAAGUAUGGCAUGGGUAUAGAUGUAUGGUCUGCAGGCUGCGUUUUAUUUGAAAUGGUUGUGCAGGAGGCCCUAUUUCCGGGGGAUACUGCUGAGGAUUGCUUGACGCAUAUUGAAAAUCUUGUAUUAAAGGACGGCCUUUCCCAGAUUAUCUACAGCACAGGACGAAGUGAUCUUUCUGAUUGUUUCAGAAUACUCAGAAAAAUGAUUGCAUAUGACCCAAGUAGAAGAAUAAGUGCAUCUGAUGCGUUAAAAUAUUUCAAGGAGCUUCAAUUAACUGAGAAUUUAUGGAAGAAUGUAUCCGAAUGAUUUCUGGUAUUUUCCUACUGCUGGACAUGCUACUGUACAUUACUGUGAUAAAUACC